CUGGCUCCCUUCAGACAGAGUUUAUGGCCCAAGGCUUUUCCACAACAGAACCACUUCCACUUCAGACCAGUGUACUUCCUGAGAAAACUUGAAGCUUUAUUUUUUUUACCCUCGCUUACAGGCGUAGAAAUGGUUGGCAUGAAACCCAACGACUUGGUGCCCUCUGCGGCAGUAAAGUUCUUUGGAGCAGGAACCGCAGCCUGCAUUGCUGACCUGCUCACCUUUCCAUUGGAUACAGCCAAAGUCAGACUACAGAUUCAGGGAGAGUCUCUGAAACAUGAAGAGGCCAGAGCCAUAAAGUAUCGGGGAGUGUUUGGCACCAUCACCACUAUGGUGCGCACAGAGGGGCCUAGGAGUCUUUACAAUGGACUAGUAGCAGGACUCCAGAGGCAGAUGAGCUUCGCCUCUGUCCGAAUCGGUCUUUAUGACUCCAUGAAGCAAUUCUACACUCGAGGCACAGAGAGUGCUGGGAUUGUUACUCGGCUCAUGGCGGGCUGUACCACAGGAGCCAUGGCUGUGGCUUUUGCACAACCAACAGAUGUGGUGAAGGUGCGUUUCCAAGCCCAGGUACGACUGGCUGAUGGUGGGAGGAGAUAUAACAGCACCCUGGACGCCUACAAGACGAUUGCCCGAGAUGAGGGAAUGCGGGGGCUUUGGAAAGGUUGUAUGCCCAACAUCACCCGUAAUGCUAUUGUAAACUGUGCAGAGCUGGUGACCUAUGACAUGAUCAAAGAACUCAUCCUUAAGUAUAACCUAAUGACAGACAACCUGCCGUGCCACUUCACUGCUGCCUUUGGUGCAGGCUUCUGCACAACAGUAGUGGCUUCUCCUGUGGAUGUUGUCAAAACAAGGUUCAUGAAUUCAGGGACUGGCCAGUACAGCAGCGCUAUCAACUGUACUCUCACCAUGCUGAGACAAGAAGGACCCACAGCCUUCUAUAAAGGAUUCAUGCCUUCUUUCCUGCGUCUGGGAUCCUGGAACAUCGUGAUGUUUGUGACAUAUGAACAAAUUAAAAGAGGUAUGACCAGGGCACAACAGUACUGGGAGUCGCCAUUUUGAGCUCAUCGCUUGUCAGGCUGUUUCUUCAGACAGGACUGCACACGCACAACUGCCUAAUCCUCACAGUGACU